AUGAAACAAAUGCAGAUCGAAAAUUACUUUACAAAAAAAAGAAAAAAUAUUAUUAAUGAAAGCAAUCACAAAAAACGUUGUUUGAGCGACCAACAGCGAUUAGGUGAAGAUAGUAGUGAUCUAUUCUGUAGUAGCAGUGACUCUUCAUCAAACUCGGGUACGAUAGCUAAUGAACAUUUCGAUAGGUUAUUUGAUAAUUCCCGAAAAUCAGAAGAAAAGGAAAUCGACACCCUCGGACAGACGGACGUCUAUACAGAUCCAGAGUCUGUUAUAGUAUGCGAUGUAAACCCAAAUAUCGUAAACGAAAUACAAUCCGAACCAUUACAAUUUAAAAAAAAAGGGGAUAAAAAAAGUUUAAGCCCAUUAAAAAACAGAUUGGGUGACGGUCCUUUAUUUAUUUAUGAUACAAUUGACCAAUAUGAUAAACACCUGAAGACAUCUGAAACAUUCAAAGGUAUACUGACAGAUGAAUCACUGGCUUUACUAUCAACUUUAGGUGAGGAGUCAGAGGGUAAUAAACAGUUAAUGAGCUAUUUGUUCUGUGUUGACCAAUAUGCACCUGAAGGAAUAACCGAAAUAGACUUUCCAACUAAAAAGGAUAAAAAACAAGCCAUUAUUUUUGAUUAUAUGUCAUUAUAUGAGGGAGGGUUUAUAACUUUUACUAAUAAAGAUGCAGACAAAUUGCCCGUAGACCAGUGUAAAACACUAUUAACAAAAAUUAUGAACACAACCCAUAUGAAACAGAAGACGAAGGGAGAGAUUAUGACCAAUUGUCUUACACGAGAUAUAAGAGAGUGUUUGAAUCACGAUGAGAAAUCAAAAGAGUGUUCUGGCAUUUCCAAUGAUCAAGUCUUAAAGAAAUUGAGAUCAAAAGUUAAAAAAUGGAAGUUAACAGACUUGGCCCGUGAAACGAUAACUGAACUAACUGUUUUAAUGCAUCUGGAUAGUAUUUUUAAAAUGGGCUUUUCAAUCGACUUUACACGGGUGAAGGAUUUUUGUGCGUAUCUGAAUGCUCUUGCGUUAGUCGAGAAAUAUAAAGAAGCAAAAGAUAAAGGUGAAUUUGUAUUAAGUGUAAAAAACUUAUAUAGAGAUGAAGAAAAUAUGUCUCAUCAUAGAGCAUUGCCGCUAUGGCUACGCAAGUUUACACCUAUAUAUAUUUAUUUAAAUAUAUUAUCAAAUGGUGUAGACUAUUUGAAGAAAUCAAAAGAGUACGACGAAGCACUGGAGAUACUGGACUUACUCAUCGCACAAACCGCGUUUCAUCAGGAUACCAAAGCUCAGUGGUAUAACAAGAAGGUACUUCUGCUAUAUUCUUUGAAAUCUCACGAAGAGGCCGCAGAUACAUUGUAUGAGGCGUUUAACGCUGGUUUGCCGGGUGAAACUGUUAUGACUUUGCAACGUCGGGCUAAAGAGAUUGCGCGUAAAACCAGAAGUCAAAUAGACCAAGAAGUUCAUAACGUAUUGCGGGUUAAUGGUGAACGCGAAAUAUCAGAAGGUAGUAUACCUGACCCACGCUAUUACUACCAAGAGCCUGUAGAGAAAUCCAAUUCAAAAGAUAAGCCUAAAUACAAAUGGAAUAACGAACUCGUAUCUGCCGAGACUUUGUGCUGCAAUUUUUACAAGGAAACACUAUUAUUUACACUAGUGGAGCACUGGGAGGGCGAUCUUAUUAAUACGAUAUACUUCAUAUUGUUCUGGGACAUUAUAUAUACAAAACCAUUGGCCAUUGGGGGCAUAUUUUUGAGCCACUACCAACAGUACCCAUUAGAUAUGUUGUGCGAAAACUUUUAUAUAAAUAGAAAAGCGAUAAUUGACGAGUUCCUUACAAUAAUACAGAAUAGCACUGAAAACCAGAUAAUGAAAAUGAUUAAAGAUUGGUAUGAUAAAUUUGAUAUAAAUGAUAUGCCAGUAAAGAGACGCAAAAUGGUUAAUUAUAAUAAUAUUGAGAUAGUGGUACGUUGCCUCCGCCCGCGAGCGCUUGCCGCCAUCUGUCGCAGACUGGCGCAAAACUAUAAAUACAUGCGUUGUGGUUUUCCAGAUUUGACAUUGUGCAACACUGAAAAAUACACCAUAGAGUUCAGGGAAGUGAAGACAAACGAAAAGGUUCAAGAUAACCAGUUGCAAUGGUUGCAUUAUUUAAAUGAACACAAGAUAAAGGCUGGCUUCUGCUAUUUAAUAAAUAAGAAAGAACAACAUAUCGCGCAUGGAGCAGCAUAUAAAUACUCUAUUGACAGUAGCUAUCCGCCAGACACUAAUAAUGGAUACCCGCAACCCGGGCCUAGUACUAGUUUAACUGGACUGGACUUGGCAAUGUAA